GCUUGCUUCGUCUCUCACAUGAAUGUCAGUCCACCAGUGAGUGGGGUUGCUCCUUCUGCUUUGCCAACUCGCUUCACUUGACAAGUUUGCCCUCAUUUUUGGUUUCAACCUUUCCUUUACUCCAUAGACAAGGAAUCCAUCCCAAUACAGUGCAGGCAUCUCCUUCAUAUUCAGUUGCUCUCUUGGACCCAGUUGGGAUCACUCUCCUGUGCACAGUUAGUGUUCCUUGAUCAUUUUGUGGAGUUCGAGUUCCACCUUCAGAAAUAUUUGCAACAAGAAUGUCCAACGCACAAAGUGCACAUGCUACACUUCAAAAGCUGUCUGUGGCAAGUUGGUUGCGAGCACAUGGCAAAUUUGUUCGUCCUGAGUUGACAAGGCAGCAGAAACAGGAGUUGAAGGAGUGCUUUGAACUUAUUGAUGCUGAUGGAUCUGGGGCAAUUGAUGCAUCCGAGAUGUUGACGGCAUUCAAUGUAUUGGGGAUGCAUGCAAAGAAAGCAGAGGUGGAAGCCAUGCUGGCUGAGGUGGAUGCUGACGGUUCUGGCGAGGUAGAAUAUCCAGAAUUUGUGCAAAUCAUGACCACCAAAUUAGAUCAAAGAGUGGAUCAAUCUGUAUAUUCAACUUUACCAGAAAAACCUGCUAAACAACAAACACUUCCCUUCCCACUUUUGGCAAGAGCAUACAGAAGAAAAAAGUUAAUGGAAGCAGUGAUGGGAGGAGAUAAAGCAAGCCAAGAGAGGCUUCAAGCACGAGCUGAUGCUGCCGAGCUGGAGCGCCAGGCUUUGAGGAAAGAAGCAGCAAGCCAAAAAGAAAUUCUCAAAAACAUUCAACAGAAAGCCUUCACAAAUCUUGCCAGUCAGAGAAUUAGGAAAAUUGCAGGGCUUAACAGAAGAGAUUUUGCCAAGAUAAAAGCAUCUAGUACAUUGCUACCUUCAAAUGUUGUGGAACAUAUCAAUGAUAAUGUUGAAAACAUGUUAAAUGAUAUUCAUCAGCAAUCAUCUCAACCUGGUUCAACCAUGCAAGCUUCUACUGGCACAAAAGUUGAUGCAUUAUCCAUGGCCAGAUCUACCAAAUUGGUGAAGUUCAAAACAAUUCCACAAAAAGAUGCUAAUGUACAAGAUGAAGUGAAAGAGAUAUUGAAAUGCAUUAAAAUAAAUGAAAAAGAUAAUUUAACAAAUUCAAUGAAUAAAAUUAAUGCCAAUGUAAGUAAUAACCUUGAUAAGAAAGAGCCUCAUGCAUUCCGGAACAAGGUUCAGCAUAAGCCUGUAAUGGAACAACAACUUCUCCAUCUCCAAGCAUUACAAUCACUUCAUAAGUACUUUAAAGAAAAGAAUGGAAUACAGAAGUUCUGAAGGAGAUGUUUCAAAUGGAUCUACAAAAGAUUUGAGUCAUUGAAACACACAAUGGUUCAGAAUAAAGUGUUCCAGUAUCAUAUUAAUCUAUAUUUACAACAAAGGAAUAAUAGACAAAUAAAAUAUGAUAUAAUUAAUUUUCUUUUCUUUCUUAAUAAAUUUACUGCAAUAUUAUUACUGAAUAUUCAGUAAUAUUAUUGUAUUUCUAAAUAUUUAUUACAUAUAUGUACAAUAUUAAAGUUAGAGAUUUGUUA